GGGGAACAAAAAUCAAUAAAAGAAAGAAUAAAAAACCGACAACCACAAAUUUCAGAGCCACCAUGGGAAGGAUACGAGCUCCCUACAACCUACCAGAGUUGGUCAGGUCGACAUUCGCCCGCGCAAAAGCCAGCGGCGAUGUCAAUUUUUACCCCACGCAAGCUGCUGUCCUUCAUGUGAAUUCGAUACCAUUCCAACUCCGCUUCUCGCCCUCGCUGGCAAACAAGCCGAAACCACCACCAAAACCCACCAACCCAGACGGCAACAGCAGCAGCGGCAGCGGCGGCGGCGGCGGCGGGGGCACAAAACCAUUCGACCCCUUUGCCGACCCGCCGCCAGCCCUCGUCGUAGCCAAGCUGGAGCCUUGGACGCACUACCUCGUGCUGAACAAGUUCGCCAUCGUCCCGGAGCACUUCAUCCUCGCCACGACGGCCUUUGCCGCGCAGACGGACCUGCUCGACGCCGCCGACCUCGCCGCCGCGCGGGCCUGCGUCGACGCCUACGCCGAUGCCGACGGCGGGCUCUUUGUCUUUUUCAACUGCGGCGAGCACAGCGGCGCCAGCCAGCCUCACCGCCACCUGCAGCUCCUCCCCGUCGCCAGGAUGAGGGAUGGCUUGCCCGCGGGUGGUGCCGGGUGGGAGGUGCUGGCGGCGCGUCUGGGGCGGGAGCAGGCUGCCGUGGACAAGGUGCCGUUUCCGUGCUUCGUGGAGAGGUUGGAUGAUGAUGAUGAUGCUAUGUUUGGUGCGGCGGCGGAUCCGGAGGGUGUGGCGCUGCGGGGUAAGUAUCUGGAGCUGUACCGGCGGGCGUGUGAGGUGAUGGGGGUAAAGGGGGCAGAGCAGCAGAUGGAUGGGGAGGCUAGGAUUAGCUACAAUCUCGCCAUGACCCGCGACGUCAUGGUGUUGUGUCCUCGGAGGUCCGAGGGCGCGGCGCUGGUGGCUGGUGGAGGGGACGAGGUGGGCAAGCUUGCACUGAACGGGACGGUGUUGGCUGGGACGGCGUUGGUAAAGAGUGAGGCCGAGUGGGAUGCGCUGAGGGGUGAUCCGGAGCAGCUGGGGAGGGUUCUGGCGAGGAUAUAA